AUGGUAGCUCUCACAGAGCUGAUUGAAUCGUUCCAUCACGUCUUCGCCGAAGAUCAGGUUAAUGUGGACGAAGUGAUUAUGCUGAUGAAGUCGUAUAAUAGUAACCCUGCUGAGUGGAGACAAUAUGCUGUUUUUGAUGAACACAAGCACACACGAAACCUCGUAGAUAUAGGUAAUGGCAAAUAUAAUCUCAUGGUACUCUGUUGGGGACCAGGUAUGAGAAGCAGUAUUCACGAUCACUCAAACGCUCACUGUUUUGUGAAGAUUCUCGAUGGCGUCCUAUUAGAAACGAGACAUGCUUGGCCUGAUAACGAGAAUAAACAGACUCCCUUGAAAAAGCUGAACCAAGGCCGUUAUGAGGAGAACAGUGCUUGCUACAUGAGUGAUAAACUCGGCCUUCAUCGCAUGGAAAACCCAAGCCACUCCGAUGGAGCUGUUUCGCUGCAUCUCUAUAUUCCACCGUUUGAUGCAUGCAAUGCGUUUGAUGAGAGAACUGGAAAUAAGAUGAAGUGUCAGAUGACAUUCUUCACAAAGUAUGGAGUUAAAGUCGACUGCAGCGGAAGAAAGAGUUGGAAAUCUUGUCGAUUUGGUGAAAACGUCGUGAAUAGAUAA